CAGCAGCAGGGGGGCGGGACGCCCCGGCCGACCCACGGUUCUGUUCGUGGGCGACCUCAACAGCGACCUCAAUGACGGCAUUCCGGGUGUUGUGGAGCUGCUCCGGAGCGGUGGGCUGCCCGCCGACUACUGGGACUGGGCGCAGGGGGCGGCGUUCAAGUGGGGCAUGGGCGAGGAGGACGGCGAGGCGGCGGGCCCCGGGGCAGCGGCGCCGGCGGGCAAGGGAGCCGACAAGGCGGCCAAGACCGCUGCCGUACCGGCGCAGGAGGCCGCUGCCGCUGCUGCUACUGCCAGUGCUGCCGCUGCUGCACCCGCCACCGCCACCUCCACCGCCAUGGAUGCUGCCGCUGCUCCUGCGGCGGAAGCAGCCGCCACCGCCGCCCAUGCAGCUGCGGCGGGCUCCCUGUUCGCUCCUGACGGCCAUGCCUUCGACAGCCCCGCUGCGGCCCCGCAGCACCCCAUCCCAGUCACCGGCAUCGACAUCACCCUGCCGUACACCCUUCGCAGCGCUGACGACCUGGCCACCCCCUACACCAACUACACGUCGGGGUACAAGGCGCUGCUGGACUAUGUGUGGUACGAGGAGUGGGCUCUGCGUGUGGUGGGAUGCGUGCCCAUACCCAGCGAGCAGCAGCUCGGCUCCUUCAUCCCCUCGCGCGCCUUCCCCUCCGACCACUUGGCGGUGGUGUACGACUUGCAGUGGCGGCGGCAGCAGGG